CCUCCCUAUCGACCACCCUCAACUGCUCUUCUCCUCGACAGCCAACCGCCCGAGCAACGACGACGACGACGACAAGAAGAAAAAGAGGCAAGCCCUGCGGCGCCUCGUCGCGCACUACGAUGCCGUCGUCUGCGGGCCCGGCCCCGGCGCGCCCGACUGCGACCAGGACGUCGGGCUCAUGAAGCACGUCUGGGACCUUGGCGACGAUGACGACAGCCUCCUGCCCGUGCUGGGAAUCUGCUUGGGCUUCCAGAGCCUGGUCGUCCACUGCGGCGGCGUGGUCCGCAAGCUCAGCACGGGCUUGCACGGGAUGAUCCGGCCCAUCGACCACGCGGACAACGACGUGUUGCCCCUCAGCGAGGGCAACAUCUUUGCCGGCGUGCCCGAGUUCAAGGCCACGCUUUACCACAGCCUGUUUGCGGACAUUGGUCAGCAACAGGGGCGGCUAGAGGCAGGCUCGGAGCAGGAAUGGGCGCGGGGGAAUGCGAAGUGGAACAGCCCAGCGCAUCUCCCCGACGUCGUGCCCCUGGCGUGGGUGACAGAGCGCCGGGACGAGGGCUUCGACGAGCGGAUACUCAUGGGCGUCAAGCAUCGAAGGAAGCCCUUUUGGGGGCUGCAGUACCACCCAGAGUCUGUCUGCACCGAGAGUACCGGGCAUCAGGUCAUCAAGAACUGGUUUGCCCAGGCUGCAAGGUGGAACCGGGCCCGAGGCAGGAUCGCAAAGAGCGAGGUUGAUGGUUCCUUGGAGGGUCUGACGUACAAUCUGCCCAAGAAGUCCGAGAAAGCGUCGAGACCAUUCCUUCCAACACUGCAGCCAAGAUCACCGCCAGGAAGCCUCGCAGCACCGCUGUCACACCCAAAUCCCCAGCCUUCGCUUUGGGAUCAGGAUCUCGGCUGCGAAUACUUCUCAACAUCGCUGGAGCUGCCGAAUCACGUCGAGGUCCCGGAUAUCGUCGAGUCCCUGCAAGCGGGCCGGAGGGAUUUUGUCGUGCUUGACUCGGCCAGCGCCAAGACCUCCCGAACCGGGCUGGAUGUCAAAGGGCGGUACAGCAUCAUUGCGCUCGAUGUGGACAAGGCUCUGCAGCUCGAGUACCGCACGGGGUCGAGGCAAGUCACACUGCGGAGGAGGAGAACUGACAGUGGAACCAGUGCUGCCGGAGACCGUGAGAGUGGCGAAGUAAAUGAUCAGUACGAUGUCGAGCUGAUCGGAUUUGACGAGGAGCACACAAUCUGGAGCGUUCUGGCGUCGUUCUGGUCGAGACGGGAGCACCCAAUCCCUGCCAACGAUGACACCACACACCCUUUCCUCGGCGGAUUCAUGGGUUUCACGACAUACGAGCUGGGUCUCGAGGGUAUCCAAGUCAAACCGCUGAACCACGACAGGCACUCGAGACCAGAUCUCAGUUUUGCUUGGGUCACACGCAGCGCUGUUGUGGAUCACAUGGAGGGCACGAUAUGCCUGCAGACACUGUCCUCAGACGAGCACUCCGCGGCUGCAUGGCUCGAGCAGGCCGCCCAGACAUUGCAAGCCUCGCCGGUAUGGACAGAUGGGCUUGGGGCGGACUUCAGCAAAAAGACUGCCGGGGGUGACCUCGACAGGAGGCUUCUCCACGCUGCCAACACGGUCCAAGCGCAGCCCACGCCGCCGCUCACGCCUGACGAGAAGCGAUCUGCUCGGACGCACAUCCAGAUCCCGGACGCGGACGAGUAUGAGGCCAAAGUCCGCCAGUGUCAGGAGUACAUUGCGGCUGGGGACUCGUACGAGCUGUGCCUGACGGAUCAAACACUUAUCACCAGGCCGAAGAGUCCGGGCAUUGUUGGCCUUGUGCCUGGAACCCAGCAGCAUCAUGGACCAUACCACAAUGGCAGCAAACGCCCACAACAAGCGAUCGAUUCCACCGCCUGCGCUUCCUUGUCCUCCUCCUCCUCCUCUCCCUCUUCGUGGUCUUUGUACCGCACGCUGCGAACCCGCAACCCCGCCCCGUUCGGCUCAUACAUCCGCCUCAGCGGUGCGACCCUCGUCUCGAGCUCCCCCGAGCGCUUCCUCCAGGUCUCCGGCAGCACGGGGACAUGCUCGAUGCGGCCCAUGAAGGGCACCGUCAAGAAGUCGAGCACGGUCUGCACCCUCGCGCAGGCAGAGGAGAUCCUGCACGUGCCCAAGGAGGAGGCCGAGAACCUGAUGAUCGUGGACCUGGUGCGGCACGACCUGCACUCGGUCUGCGGCGUGGGCAAGGAGGCCGUGGCGGUGCCGCAGCUGCUCAAGGUCGAGGAGUAUGCGAGCGUCUUCCAGAUGAUCAGUGUUGUGGAGGGACAGCUGCCCCCAUCCCCGCCCUUGCCUGUGGCUGGCUAUCACCAUCGUCGUCAUCAUCCCCAGGGCGACAGCCAGCAGCAGCUGCCUCCGCGCCCGAAUGGCCUGGACGUCCUCGCCGCCACCCUGCCCCCUGGCAGCAUGACCGGCGCGCCCAAGAAGCGCAGUUGUGAGAUCCUGCAGCACUUGGAAGGUCCAAGCGCCGAGCGGUCUCUGUACUCGGGCGUCGUGGGGUACAUGGACGUCCGCGGCCACAGCGACUGGAGCGUCACGAUCCGGAGCCUGUUCCGAUGGGACGAUGAGGAGGACGUUGUUGUUGUGCUCGGAGAGCACGAAAACGAUGAGCAGCACCAGCAGCACCAGCAUUCUGCACUCGAGGUGUGGCAUAUCGGUGCCGGCGGCGCCGUGACGGCGCUUUCGACGCCCCAUGGCGAGCGCGACGAGAUGUUCACAAAGCUCAAGGGGCCUCUCGGAGUGUUUGAGCACCAAGUAUAGCGGGGCUUUUUCUUUUUCUUUUUUUUUCUUCCUACGCCUUGGGAACGGCCUGACUGCACAUUUUUUCUGGCUUCUUUGCUUACUAGAUACAUUUAUAUCUUGGACAGGUACUCAACGUACCACGGGAGGGUUCCCCUCGCUUCAGAGAGGGUCAGGCGUUAUAGGAAGCAUGCAUGUAGUAAGAGAAUGAUCCGCACGACUGGGGAGGGGCAUUUGGGUUUCAACCACAUAUACCAACGCAUAGGGUAGACCGGCGAUCGCAUCAUUUCAUCACCAUGGCAAGAUUCGAAAAGAACUUGUUAUUUUCAUUGA